AUGCUCACGCGCGUCUAUGAUGCCGUGGUCGCUGGUGGCGGCGCCGCCGGAAUCGCAACAGUCGGUGCUCUCCUGCACUUCAAACCUCAGCUCAAUGUAGCCUGGGUAGACCCCGAUUUCAGGGGUGGACGCAUUUCGAAGAAAUAUCGAGAUGUCAGCUCGAAUACCAAAGUGCGGCUCUUUGCCGACUAUGCCAACGCCCUUGAGCCCUUUCAACAGAUUAUUCGGUCCACGCCUAAACCAAAUGCUAUGACAGUCAUGGCGGAGCUUGACCAGAAUCGCGGCUGCCAGCUUCACUAUGCCGCGGAUAUGUUGCAGAUGCUUACUGGCGGGUUGUGGAAGAUGACGAACGUGGAUGCCUACUUUGGCCGACUAUCAAGUGUCAACAGGCCUGACUCGCUCUGGUCCGCACGUUUGAAUCUCAACAGCGGCGCAAUUUCAUCAUCCAAUUCAGCAGCAGCAAUCGGUACCUCGACUAUUGGCGCGCUGAGAGCACAUCGCCUGAUAGUGUGCACCGGGUCUUCACCAACGACUCUUGCCCUUCCCACGACCAAACCUGAGACUCUGGAUCUCGACGACUGUCUAGAUCGCCAGGCACUUCGAGACCUCCUUCCAACUGACAAAGACAUCACGAUUGGAAUUAUCGGCACUUCCCAUUCCGCCAUCGUGCUGAUCAUGAAUCUGUAUGAGCUCGCCACAUCCACGCACCCGCGGCUGAAGAUGCGAUGGUUCGUCCGCAGCGAGCUCACCUACGCGCAAGAGAUGGACGGGUGGAUCCUGAGAGACAACACCGGUCUCAAAGGAGCUUCAGCGGAUUUCGCUCGCGAGCAUCUCGAGGAAAACAGUCUGAAAGAUUCUCCCGUGCGACCCUACCUGGCGAAGGUUGACUGUCCGGAUGCAGCAGACCCCAAGAUGAAGCCCGAGCUCGAGAAAUGCACACAUAUCGUACAGGCUAUCGGGUUUUCACGCUCAGACACGAUGCCCAAGGUCAGUGUGGAUGGUAAAGAAGUGCAGGGCCUAGGCUGGAAUCCAGAAACGGGUGCAUUGACCGAUGGGAAGGGUGCGGGACUUCCUCAAGCGUUUGGUGCUGGCAUUGCAUUUCCGGAAAGAGUAAAGGGCCCGCAUGGGAAUGUAGAGCAUGCAGUUGGGAUGUGGAAGUUCAUGCGGUACCUGAAGAGGACGGUGCCAACGUGGGUGGAGUAA